UAACUUCAGGUUUCUCGCGCUUGCCCGGCAGUUGAACACUCGCGCGCGGCGCGUAAACUCUCGCGGACUCAACCGUCAAGAGCGAUCAUAGCUUACCGCACAGCAUCCAUUCAACAACGGUGCGCGGUAUGAUCGUCGAAAAGCUUCAGUUCAUCGUGUUGGCAUUAUCUAAUCGGACGCGGGUUUGCUCUUGAACGACACCCAACGAAAAUCAGUGGAAGCUUUCUCUCUGUUUCGCGAGUUGCCUCUGUAUUGUGAAUUGGUCGCGACCUCGCCAGAUUUGUACAUUUGUUGUUUUCUGUUAUUAUCUCGCUUACCUUUAAUACUACCUUAAUCUGUGCCAGACGAGACGAAAAUAUUUGUGUCAGCUAAGAAUUCCUCCACAGCCACAACCUGUUCGAUGACCCACUGCAGGCGUUAGAAACGCGUUUCAAAUGUUAUUUCAACUGUGGCUUGAGCCUCAUAUUACCAGUACAAAACAACGCAUGUUUAAUGAGUCGGUAUGUUAAACAGUUUUAUAAAUGUGUCAAGUGUUGUGACUGGUUGAAGUGGUGAUAUUACGAGCAAUUUGUGUGUGCGUAUAUGUUUUAAUUCUCGCAUCUAGUUUCGAAUCGGCGGUCUUCACAACAAAUGGACGAGAAUGGAAACCAAUUUCGCCCGUUGCGGAAGCUAACAUGUUUCGGGAAGACUUUGAUGAAUAUCAGUGAAUAGUGGCAACGUCCAUCAAACUAUCCUACAUAGACGGAAUAUGCCUUCCCAUCUGAUCCACCAGAGCAACUUGGAUAAUUUGAACAAGAUAAUCCGAAACCACAACACAGGAACAGUGCGUUACGCUGUAAGGCGGUGACUUUGCAACCUAAAACGACCAAACAACGACGAGAUUAGCUUUCUCUACCGAGCCAGAGCAAAUUUACAAACGACUACAAUAACAGUAAAAUGUCGUGUUCAUGCUGUUCUUGCGGUGAGAGUGGUGAGAAAACUAGUGACAACAGUCAUCGUUAUCCGUACGGUCAAGAUGAAGGAAAUGUUACAGAAAAGCAUUACGGCUGCUACAAGGUGGGUAUCCUGUUCUCCAUCAUCAUUAUACUGCUGCUGCUAGUAGGAUGCGUCCCGGUAUUUUUCCUCACCCACAACAACAAUCUGAUUCUACUUAUACUACUGGUGACGCUAAUUUUAAUCGGUAUCGUUACGUAUGCCUACUUCCGGUGGCAGCAUCGACGAGCGCAGCAGAUGCGCCGUAGCUACGAGGUUCAGAAAAUGAACUUGACUCGGACGACCAAACGACCCGACCCGACGGAGCACAAGCAGGUACAACCCAAUCCAGGAACGACUAAAAUUGCUCCGGACAAUGGCAAUAGCAUCCCGGCGAAUCAACCUCGAUACUCAUUUAUUUGAAUAAUAGUUCAAACGUUGUCCUACAUAGCGGGUGACCAUAAAUUACAUCCAUCACUGGUUGGAUUCCCCUGUCAAACAUUCCGUCAACCGCUUGAAUGCAACAAUACAAUACUAAAUGAUCCUGAAAGUCAGUCAGUUGUUCAUAGCAUCACAAACAGACCAAAUAAUAGUAGGCAACCAAUGGAAGCCUAAUGAACAAGGGUGUAAAAUGAACGGCAAUCAUUGCACCAUCAGAAUAAGAAUAAUCAGAAUACAAAUUUACAUCUCUACUGCCUCGUCAAAGCCACAUAUUAAUUGUGAAAUUUUUACUUUAUAAUUAUCCAACUGGCACCCGAGCACUUGAGAGCGGCAAAGGGGAAUUGUUAACGUCAUUGCGAAGCCAAUGAAACUGCUGCGGCCCGAUCUGCUUCGCUCUGGUGUAGGCUUAAUUCAGGCGUGUGCCACUAUUAAGCUACGUAAAUUCAAUCAAUCAAAAAAAAAUAUACGCGUGUGAAAUGCUCACCGAUUGUGAAAGUACUAUUUAUUGUUUGGUUUUAAACCCAACCAACACCCGUCGGUUGCUAGCUGUUCUUUAGUUUAAAUAUGCUUCGGCGGUUGCACUCUGUUAUGACUGUUGCAUUUUUUUUGUACGAAGAGAAUAUUCAAUUAUGUGAAUUUGUUAUUUCAUAAAACUGAUUGCUUUAAUAAAAAACGACUUGUUUUCUA